ACCCAUUACCGGUCGUAGCCGGAAGUUGCACCCAUGUGUUCGACGGGUCCACCGUGAAGUCUCUUAUGUGUAGACACGUAUAAUAUAAACAAUUUCCACGUUUAAAUAGCAAGUUAGCGUUAGUUUGCUGAAUUUUAGUUGGCAGGAUGGCGGAGAUUGUGCAGCAGCGGAUCGAGGACCGGAUCCCUGAGCUGGAGCAGUUAGAGAGAGUGGGACUGUUCACCAAAAAAGAAGUCAAAUCUGUUGUAAAAAGAGCCACAGCUCUGGAAUAUAAGCUUCACAGGCUGAUAGUGAACAAGGAGGAUUUCAUUGCAUACAUCCAGUACGAAAUCAAUGUUUUAGAGCUGAUCAAGAAGAGGAGAGCACACAUACACUAUAAGUUCAAACGAGAGGAGAUCGAGUUCCCGAUCAUCCACCGAAUACAUGGCAUCUUCAGAAGAGCGACAAAGAAGUGGAAGGAUGAUGUCCAGCUUUGGCUUUCCCAUGUUGCCUUCUGUAAGAAAUGGGCCACUAAAGGGCAGCUCAGCAGGGUGUUCUCAGCUAUGCUUGCUAUCCACCCUAACAAGCCAGCGUUGUGGAUCAUGGCCGCAAAGAGCGAGCUGGAGGAUCAAGAUUCCUCUGAAAGCGCUCGACACCUCUUCCUGCGAGCGCUGCGCUUUCACCCAAACAACAAGAAAGUCUACCAAGAGUAUUUCCGGAUGGAGCUGCUGCACGCUGAGAAACUGAGGAAGCAAAAGGCGGAGCUGGAGAAGGCGGAGAUCGACUUGGGUGAAUAUGAGUUUUCUCCUGAGAUCCUGAGCGGCAGGCUGGCUGAAGUAGUGUACAAAGACGCCACUGGGAAAAUUAAAGAAGCGGAGUUUGUCAUCUCAUUAUUGAACAUAGCCGCCAUCUUUGACUUCACCAAAGAACUCCAGGACUCCAUCCUGCAAGAUUUACAGACCAACUACGCUGCAGACAGCCUAAUGUGGGAUUUCAUGGCCAGGAGGGAGUUGGAGGCCCCGGGAUUGGGGGAGGAGCCGCACAGCGCCAAAGCUCGGGCCUUGGACAUCAACCGCAGAGAGGAGCGCUGCUGCCAGCUUUAUGAGGAGGGCCUCAAGGUCAUCAGCACAGAACCCAUGUGGAGCCGCUACCUGGACUUUUGCUUGGAAAGACUGAAGAGAAAGACCAACGUCCAAGAGCUGAAGGAAAAGAGGCAGGAGAGGCUGCUGGGAGUUCUGCAGCGCGCCCAUGAUGCCUCACUGCUGAUGGAGGAUUAUUACAAGAGCUGGCUGCAGAUCCUGCUUUCCUCUGGAGAUGCAGAGGGAGCAGCCAGUGUUGCCAUGGCAGCCACAGAGCGCUACCGCCAAUCGGUCACCACGUGGAGUUUGAGUCUGCAAACACUAGUGCAGCUGGGAAGUGGAGACCCGGCCAGGCUUUUCCAGGAGGCCCUCACACAUGUUAAUCCCAAGGAAAGCCUGCCUCUGUGGCGGCUGCAGCUGCAGUGGAGCACCGCCAACCAGACUCCAGAAGACACUGAAGCCAUCUUCAAGAGAGGUCUGCAGUCUGCAGUCCCCACUGUCGCCAUGGAGAUGAAAGACAGCUAUCUCAAUUGGUCCUACUCCACUGGAGGCUACAAGAAAGCCAGGAAGACAUUUAAGAGCUUGCAAGAAAACCGGCCCUUGUCCAAGUCCUUCUUCACCAGAAUGGUUGAGAUCGAGAAAGAACAAGAGGCUCCUAAAAUGAACCAUCUGAGGGAGUACUACGAGAGAGCACUGCAGGAGUUCGGCACCUCGGAUGACGAUCUGUGGCUGCAGUACAUCCAGGAGGAGCUGAGCACCCUCGGCCAGCCGGAGAACUGCGGGAAGAUCCAUUGGAGAGCCAUGAAGUUCCUGGAGGGCGAAAGUGUGGAGAGAUUUGUUUCCAAAUACACUCUGCUUCAGACUGGACACUCAUGAGGGAACCUGCGGCCUCUGGCUGGUGCAGAGCGCCCGGUGUUACUGAAAUGUGUGAAACGACCACGUAACACGAUGGAGGCGCGAGAGGAGGUUACACGCCAGCAGCGAGGAAGGCCGCCAGCCGCUCCCCUGCUGUUUAGGUUCACAGCUUAAAAAGUCUCCCACCACAGGAGGCUGUGAUGACACGACUCAGUCUGGAAAUGAGAAUUAAGAGAAACAUCACUCACUUAAUUAAAAAAAACUGUCAAGUGGAAUAAAUGACAGCCUUUCUGCACCAUGAAAACAUUUAUAUUUAGACAAAUAGCAAAGAAUCCUGAGUUUCUCUCUCCAAAGAUUUCCUUAAUUUCUGCAAAUAUGGACUUUAGUGGCUGACUAAACUGCAAAACGACUCAUCACAUAUGUAAACAAUCUGGUCGAUUCACAUAUUUCCAAAAUGGCAAAUAAAAUGGAAGACGAGAAAAACAAAGGAUUCACUCUACCUGAUUUUUUUUUUUUGGAUAACAUCUGUCAUCAUUUCAAACGGAAUCCGUUGAUGUUUGUUGAAGUUUGCUCCUCGUCUGUCAGAUUCUGAGCAGCAGUCAUCCUAACGGAUCCAUCAGGCUUCCAGAUAACAGUCAGUCAAGGUUCUGGUUCCAGGAGCGUUUUCCAGUUCAUCCAACCCGUUUCCCAGCUUUUGUCAUGGAUUUUCCUUCAUUUUUCAAGACUUUUCGGCUGUAAACUGAUAACCAAGGUUCUGAUUUCUUAGUUCCAGCUUAUUGAAUUCCACAUUUGUUGUUUUGAGCGUCCAAACGUUGUUAACAUUAUCACAUUAAAGCAGUCUUUUCAUCUGA